GGUACUCCGUAGUUAGAUAUUCUACUGGAUUGUGAACAAUUACCUACUACCUAUGGUAGAUGAUCAAUCUGAUAAUUCCCAAUAUAUCUCCUCUCUUAUUAGCCUCUCCUUUCAUUUCUUCCUACAAUAUUAAUUAUUAGCAGAAUCAAUUUAUAAUCUAUAAUUCACUUGGAAGAUGACUCGGAUGAGUAGAGUAGAAGCCAAAGAAGCUUAGGUCAUUCAAUGGUCUCUCUCUCUCUCGCGCGCGCGCCCUCCCUCCCUCCCCAUCCUUCAAGCAUCGAAGCAUCCAAGUCCAAGCCAUGACCAAGGCUCGAUCAAACCAGACCUAGGAACUUCUUCAUACUCCGUCCAUACAUCCAUCCAUACGUCCAUCCGACAGGUACGCCUUUCUCUUUACCCCAUUCAACUUAGGUAUUACAUUGUCUCCACUAGAUUUAUUUGUCAAUCUUUCUUCGGAUUCAGAUUCAGGUUCAGGUUCAGAAGAUCUACAAUACACACAUCUCAAUUCACAUAUACUCUUUUCUAUCCUUUGAUCUUGGGAUCUUUUGAUCACAUUCACAUAUAAUAUCCAUUAUUGCGAACCAUCUCAUCACCCUCCUUUUUAAGCUUGCUUUGCUUUCUGCAGAUGAAGAUCAAUUCUGCCACAAAUUAUUCGAAUUCGAAUAAACCAUUUGCGCAUGAGUACAACUCAAAAUAACCACUUCAUACUUGUGGGUUUCUCUGUCGCGCCGCGCGAACCGUGAACGGUAAAGGACAAGCUCGAGAAUCACCGACGAGGUCGGAAUACCAGAAACAUGACGUCUAUAAUUCGAAUGCUUUCGCCUGCUACGGACAGAAAUGGAAAUACAGGUCGAAAGGGUCAAGAUGUAGAGCCGGAGCCCGAAAUUACUCCACUGGUGAAGAUGUUACAGAAUGCAGGUCCCAUACGGCCGGACGGAAGUGAUAAAUUCUUUGGUUUAGAAAAUUUCGGAAAUACAUGUUAUGCCAAUUCGAUUUUACAGGCGCUAUACUAUUCAGUCCCGUUUAGAGAAAAUGUUGUUAAAUACCCACCGCAUUCCCCUUCUGAUACCCCCAAUGGACAUUUACCAAAAUUAAUCGUUCCAACGAGAGCUCCGCCACCAAAUGGAGUGCCAUUGUCGACGGCCAAACCAAAAGGCAUGUCGGCUGCCGAAGCCCUCAAAAGAAGACAAGUUGUGAACUCUGGCCAGCCCGGACCUGGCGCACCGGGUACUCGACCAGAAGACAAGCCAGAUUCGCCUGAAUACAAGAAGAAGCAUGCGAUGAUGGCAGGCCCGAUAUUAGAAAUUACCACGGAACAUGCGAGUUCAUAUGGCAUGGAGGAAACGACUUUUACAGCCUUGAAGGAUAUAUUUACGGCUAUGAUAUCACAUCCUUCUCGGACAGGUGUUGUAAGCCCCCAAAGAUUCUUGGAAGUUUUCAGAAGAGAUAAUGAGAUGUUUCGGACAUCGAUGCACCAAGAUGCUCACGAAUUUUAUGGAUUGAUGCUUAACGCAGUUAUCAAUAACGUCGAAGACAAUGCUCGACGCCUGAAGGAAUCGCUACUUCAAGAAAAGGGAGGACUUAAUGAUUCAAUGACAGCUGCUGUACGAUCAGUUGCGGAUUCCAUGGGCUUGGCAAGUGGAGCGCAAUCUCCAGGAACGAAAUGGGUUCAUGAUAUAUUUGAGGGAAAGAUGGUCUCGGAAACGAAGUGCUUGACAUGCGAAACUACAUCACAGCGCGAUGAGACAUUCCUGGACCUUUCAAUUGAUUUGGAGAAGAAUUCUUCUGUUACAUCUUGUUUGCAAAAGUUUUCGGCGGAGGAAAUGCUAUGCGAGAAGAAUAAAUUCCAUUGCGAUACCUGCGGUGGUUUACAGGAAGCGGAAAAACGUAUGAAGAUCAAAACUUUACCAAAAGUUUUAGUGCUUCACCUGAAGAGAUUCAAGUGGACUGAUGAUUUGACCCGAUUACAAAAGUUAUUCUACACUGUCAACUAUCCAUAUCAUUUACGCAUGUUCAACACAACUGAUGAUGCGGAGGAUCCUGAUCGACUGUAUGAACUUUACGCCGUGGUUGUACAUAUUGGCACAAACGCCUUUCACGGACAUUAUGUCGCGGUAAUCAAGACUGAGGAUAGAGGUUGGUUACUUUUUGACGACGAGAUGGUAGAACCGGUAGAUAAAAGUUUUGUGCGACAAUUCUUUGGGGAUAAACCAGGACAAGCCUGCGCCUAUGUGUUAUUUUACCGAGAAACUACAGUGGAGGCAAUGCGAAGAGAUCAAGAAGCUGAAGGUCUCGAUCUAAUUGCUACCGCUUCUGAAGUGGCAGAUAUCUCAUCGGGGCAGGUUCAACAAAACGGCACUUCUCUAUCUUCCAACUCGAAACAGGUUUUAGCAACACCUAGCACGCCAAUCGAUGGCGACACUAAUGGGUUUGGAUCCCUCGACCAUGCAUUAACGGCGCCUCUGGUAACUUCCCCUAUUUCGGGCAAUCCGGUUCCAACUCGAGUUCCUUCUUCACCUCUCGAUACCUUCAAGUCAAAAUCUAAAGAAGAAAAGGGGCGAGAAAAGAAGGCUGAGAAAGAAGCUGAGAAAGCGGAAAAGUCUCGAAAGGCUGCUGAAAAAGCCGCUGAAAAGGCUGCUGCUAAAGAGAGAAAGGAAGCUGAAAAGGCAACCAAAGAAGCCGAGAAAGCCAAUAAAGUAGCACAAGAAGCGGAAACGAAAAAGGCUAUUGCUCUCAGCAAACAAACGGAAAUUCAGGAAAUAAAAAGACGACAAUCGGAAGCUGGCAUCCAAAAGGAAAAUAAUGGGAAUGGCAGCGAGAAGAGUGAUGUUAAGGGAUUUGGUAGUUUAAAUCUGAAUAGAAGUCAUAAGGGAAGUAAGAGUAUGAGUAGAAAGAGUUUUGGGUUUUUAAGUAAGAAUGGAGAGAAGGAAAAGGAGAAGAAUGGGGAAAAGAGUGAAGAAAGUAACAGUAUACCCGAAUCGAGCAACAAUACGGCGGUUGAAGGAACGGCGGGCCCGCAAACACCGGAGAGACAUGAGAAGGUUAAAAAUGCACGAUUUUCGUUUGGAUUGGGACGGAAGAAGAGUAAUAUGUGGAGUCCGACUGUGGAUAAUUAGGAUGUAUCUAUCUGACAUUUUUGCAGGGGAUGAUGAGAAGAGAGAGAUCAAGGAGAUGAGGGAGA